UAAUAAAGGGAGAAAAAAGUGUUCAGAAUCACAACACAACACACAGCUUUUGUAGUUUUGUACUGUUGUCUCAGUCCUCUAAAGAGAGAGAUAAAAAGAUUGUUUAGAUUAGAUUAGAUCAGAUGGGGAUUUGCAGUUCCUACUUUUUAUAGGUGAAGGGCAGAGAGAGGGUGAGAAAAAGAAAACAAAAAACAAGAAAAACAAUAGUUGUAAGCAAAAUUUGAGAACUGUUGUGUGUUUUUUAAUGACUUUUUCAAGGCUUUAGAAAGAGAAAGUGAGUUGGGUUUGUCGUUGCAAAAGCGUCAUUAUUAUUAUUAUUUAUUACUAUCGUUGUUAAGAAACAAAGGAAAACAGAAGAUAAAAGGCGGAAAAAAGGGAAAAAAACCCUAACCCUAGCUUCGGGUUUUGGUGCUGCUUUGCGAGUAAGCCCUUGUUUUGUUGUUUAUUUGCUUAUAAUCUGUUGGGUAUUGUAUUGUGUGGACAGAUGAAGGAAGACAUGCUUCACAUUUCGGGGUGAAAUCAAGGUGUUUCACAUUUUUGGUGAGUGGUUUGAGCUUUACUUUGUGGAUCUCUGUAUAGUGAUUUGAAAUUUAGGGUUUAUGUGAAGUGGGAUUUUUCUCAGCUUGAGGUUUUUGGUGGUGGUGUUGUUUGUAUGCUUUUUAUGCAUCUGGGAUUUGUGUUCUGUUGGUGAAACAGUUUUUUCUCUGUAGUCAGUGUGAAGGAUUCUUUGUGCUAUGUUCGGUUUUUUGAGGGAUGAUUUGAAGGAAUUUAUGACACUGAAGAAGAAGUGAAGGAGAAAUAGCUUCUGGGUAAUAUAUGGUUAAUCUUAUUGUUGUGAUUUAUUGAUGUGUUAAGAUUCAUUCUAUUUGAAGUAGAAUUUAGUUGCAGAAGUGAACUGGGAGAGAAGUAGCUUCUUAGUACAUUGUAUUUUUGAAUUUCUUUAAGGUGGUGAGGUUUUCCUUUGGGGCAGACUUUUGUUGGCUGCAAUUGAUUUCUGUGGGCUUGUUUCAUAUUGCAACUUUGCGCUGGAGUCGUUAGGGGUACCGGGGACGAUGUCGUCUUUAAGUAGGGAACUGGUGUUCUUGAUACUACAGUUCUUGGAUGAGGAAAAGUUCAAGGAAACUGUUCAUAAGUUGGAGCAAGAGUCUGGCUUUUUCUUUAAUAUGAAACAUUUUGAAGAUCAAGUCCAGGCCGGUGAAUGGGAUGAGGUUGAGCGUUAUCUCUGUGGGUUUACGAAAGUUGAAGAUAACAGGUAUUCAAUGAAGAUUUUCUUUGAAAUCAGGAAGCAGAAGUAUUUGGAGGCUCUUGACAGGCAGGAUCGAGCAAAGGCUGUUGAGAUUCUUGUCAAGGACCUUAAGGUUUUUGCAUCCUUCAAUGAAGAUCUUUUCAAGGAGAUUACUCAGCUCCUCACUCUUGAUAACUUUAGGCAAAAUGAGCAGCUUUCCAAGUAUGGAGACACAAAAUCAGCUCGUAAUAUUAUGCUUGUAGAACUUAAAAAGCUAAUUGAAGCAAACCCCCUGUUUCGUGACAAGCUUGCAUUCCCAGCCUUCAAGAGUUCACGACUGAGGACAUUGAUAAACCAGAGUUUAAAUUGGCAGCAUCAACUUUGCAAGAAUCCUCGUCCGAAUCCUGAUAUUAAAACACUCUUCACUGAUCAUUCUUGCAACCCUACAGCUAAUGGAGCUCGUCCUCCUCCUACAAACAGCCCCCUUGUGGGACCAAUACCAAAGGCUGGUGCAUUUCCGCCUAUUGGUGCUCAUGGUCCAUUCCAGACUGUUGUUUCACCAUCUCCUGGUGCUAUUGCUGGUUGGAUGUCAAACAGUAGUCCUUCCUUACCUCACCCUGCUGUGGCAGCAGGCCCUGGUGGUCUUGUUCAGUCUUCUAAUGCCGCUGCAUUUUUGAAACAUCCAAGGACGCCAACAGGUAUGACUGGGAUGGAUUAUCAAUCAGCUGAUUCAGAGCAUUUGAUGAAGCGUAUUCGCGCUGGCCAAUCUGAUGAGGUGUCUUUCUCUGGUGUAGCACAUACUCCCAAUGUAUAUUCUCAGGACGACCUCACUAAAGCUGUUGUGCGAACCCUAAAUCAAGGAUCUAAUGUCAUGAGCAUGGAUUUCCAUCCACAACAACAAACUAUUCUUUUAGUGGGGACAAAUGUUGGUGAGAUUAGCCUUUGGGAGGUGGGGUCCCGGGAAAGGCUGGCACAUAAAUCUUUCAAGCUUUGGGAUCUAUCAGCUGCUUCAAUGCCAUUGCAGACGGCUUUGUUGAAUGAUGCUGGGAUAUCAGUGAAUAGGUGUGUUUGGGGGCCAGAUGGACUUAUGCUUGGUGUUGCAUUUUCAAAACAUAUUGUUCAGAUUUAUACUUUCAAUCCAACUGGAGAACUAAGACAGCACUUAGAGAUUGAUGCCCAUGUUGGUGGAGUUAAUGACAUUGCAUUUGCUCAUCCCAAUAAGCAACUUUGUAUAGUUACAUGUGGAGAUGAUAAGACUAUUAAGGUAUGGGAUGCAGUAGCUGGACGCAGGCAGUAUACCUUUGAAGGCCAUGAAGCUCCUGUGUAUUCAGUCUGCCCACACCACAAAGAAAAUAUUCAGUUUAUAUUUUCUACUGCCAUUGAUGGAAAGAUCAAAGCUUGGCUAUAUGAUUGCUUGGGAUCUAGAGUGGACUAUGAUGCACCUGGACACUGGUGCACCAUGAUGGCAUAUAGUGCAGAUGGAACCAGGCUAUUCUCAUGCGGAACAAGUAAAGAAGGUGAAUCUCAUUUAGUUGAGUGGAAUGAGAGUGAAGGAGCUAUCAAAAGGACAUAUUUGGGUUUUAGAAAGCGUUCUCUAGGAGUUGUCCAGUUUGAUACAACACGGAAUCGGUUCUUGGCUGCUGGUGAUGAAUUUCAAAUUAAAUUCUGGGAUAUGGACAAUACAAAUAUGCUGAUAGCUGUUGAUGCAGAUGGUGGAUUACCGGCUAGUCCUAGACUGAGAUUCAAUAAGGAAGGAUCUCUGCUUGCAGUUACAACGAGUGACAGUGGUAUCAAAAUAUUGGCCAACAGUGAUGGUUUGCGAUUGAUAAGAAUGUUAGAAAGCAGGGCUAUUGACAAAAAUAGGGUCCCAUCUGAACCCAUCAACUCUAAGCCAUUGAUUGUGAAUGCACUCGGUCCAAUGGGAAAUGUUUCUGGUGCCAUUGCUUCGACUCUGGAUCGGCCAGAUAGAGUUCCUCCAGCUGUGUCUAUCAACAGUCUUGGUACUAUGGACAGCAGCAGACUUGUUGAUGUUAAACCACGUAUUGUGGAUGAUGGAGACAAGGUUAAGAGCUGGAAAAUUCCUGAUGUUUCAGAUUCAUCACAAAUGAAAGCUCUGCGCUUACCUGAUUCUAUGGCACCGAGCAAGGUUGUUCGGUUGAUCUACACCAACUCUGGCCUUGCUCUAUUAGCCCUUACGUCCAGUGCUGUUCACAAGCUGUGGAAAUGGCAGCGUAGUGAAAGGAAUCCCUCGGGGAAGGCUACUGCAUAUGUAGUGCCCCAGUUGUGGCAACCUCCCAGUGGAACACUUAUGACCAAUGACAUUAAUGAUGGUAAACCAGCUGAAGAGUCUGCUGCAUGCAUAGCUUUAUCCAAAAAUGAUUCUUAUGUUAUGUCUGCCUCCGGUGGAAAGGUUUCCUUGUUCAACAUGAUGACAUUCAAGGUCAUGACAAUGUUUAUGCUUCCACCUCCAGCAGCUACCUUUUUGGCAUUCCAUCCCCAAGAUAAUAAUAUUAUUGCCAUUGGGAUGGAGGAUUCUACCAUUCAGAUAUACAAUGUCAGAGUUGAUGAGGUCAAAACCAAACUCAAGGGUCACCAAAAUCGAAUCACAGGGCUUGCAUUUUCCCAAACUUUAAAUGCGUUGGUGUCUUCAGGGGCUGAUGCGCAGCUAUGUAUGUGGAGCAUCGAUAAAUGGGAGAAGCUGAAAUGCAGGCUCAUACAAGCACCAGCUGGCCGUCAAUCCCCUCUGGUCGGAGAAACUAAAGUCCAGUUUCAUAAUGAUCAAACACAUCUAUUGGUGGUUCAUGAUAGCCAAAUUUCCAUUUAUGACAGCAAGCUUGAAUGUUCACGUUCUUGGUCUCCAAAAGAUACACUCCCGGCUCCCAUUUCAAGUGCAAUAUAUUCAUGUGAUGGUUUACUGGUGUAUGCUGGUUUUUGUGAUGGUGCUGUUGGAGUUUUUGAUGCGGACAAUUUAAGGCUCCGAUGUAGAAUAGCACCUUCUGCCUACAUACCUUCCUUCACUGGCAGCACUACCACCUAUCCUUUUGUUAUAGCGGCUCAUCCAUCUGAGCCUUAUCAAAUCGCUCUUGGCAUGAGUGAUGGAGCAGUGCAUGUAGUCGAGCCGUCUGAUACCGAGUUGAAGUGGGGUGGUACACCCUCCCAAGACAAUGGAUCCCUCCCCUCUAAUUCGUCAAAUCCUUCUUUGGCUGGUCAACCGUCAGACCUCCCUCCCAGGUAACUGCUGCAGCAUAUAAGAUCAGAAAGGUUAGACUACAAGGAGUAUAGACACAUUGAGCUGCACAUUUUUUUGGUUCUUAGUUUUGAACAUCAUCCUUUUCACUCUUUGACUUACUCCAAAUCACGCCUUGCUAUUUCUGUUGUAAAUUGUUUUUCUCAUCGGCUGGUUUGCUACAUGAAAUUCUAGAGAGACAUUUUAUCUGAAACUGAGAACACAUCCAGCUCCAACAAGCUGAUUUGAUGACACUUUAGAAGGUUUUCCUUGUAUGAUGUUGUAUACAUUGACGGUUUUUGGAAUGAAAAUGGUCAUUGUUGCCA